AUGACUUUAAGCAGUUCUUUACUAAUCCAGGAGGAGAUAAACAAGUAUAAGUCCGACUUGAUGGAUUCCAUGAAGACGAAAUAUAAGAAUUUUGAAAAGUUUUGCACAGAAAAAACGGCAUUUGAACAUUUGCAACUUUAUAUUGAUCUUCUUCAACGAAUUAAAUUAGGAACUGCGACACCAGCUGCUAUUUCGAGUGAAUUAAUUGAUAUUUCACUUAUUUCGCCAACAGUUACCGAUUUUACGAAUUCAAAUUUAGACUUUUCCGUUUUUAUCAAUUUAAUCAAAUCAUUAUCACAAGAAGAGCAUAUUAAAGCUUGUAUAAUAUCAAUCGCGUUCUAUUUACUCCAUCAAAACUUAAAAUUUACAGAAUUCGUUAUUACCUUUCUUUUUCAUGACCUUCCAGAGCUAAAGGACUCAGUUCUUGGACUAUUUUGGAAUGCCGUACAGCUUGGCUCCCCUAAUAUUACAGAAAAAGAUUUCCAAAACUCAUUCAAAAUUUGGAGGAAUUCUCUUGAGUAUUUAAUGACAAUUAUGAAGUCCAUACAGAAUCUAUCAUUUUAUUUUCAUACCGCUAAGUUUGUUGCUGAAGUUAUUAAUCUCCUUCUCACAAAACCUUUAAAUUUUCAAAAAUUAGUUUCUCCUGAAAUUGUUCGAUUACUUUGCUACAAUCCAUUUACGGCUUUAUACAUAUCCCAAGGGAAAUCAGUGCUUACAUCCGCUUAUUUUUUACCUCCUUUGUCAUUAUUGUUAAAUGGACAAAUUGAAACAUCAAUCAACUUACUAGUUAGUUAUAUGCCAUACGCUCUCGAUGCUAUAGCGUCUUUUCUCGUCAAUUUACCAUUUGCUUCUGAACAAAAUGCAGAUAUGCAGUUUGCUUUGGCAAAUAAGCUCCUUCACAACCUUUCUUUAGGAAUAUCGACACGAGAUUUAUACCUAAUAAUACUUCGUCACUUCAUCAAAGCUCCAAUUUUACGCGAAUACUAUAAUAAUUUCAGAAAACUGAUUUUUUCGAAUACAGCGUUAGGUUUACGCCAAGCAUACAUUUGUAUAUUGAUUGCUGCAUUCACUGACUGCGAAACUCCUGGACUUUAUUCAUUAAUUCAAGAUUGUAGAGAAUCCAUCGCAAAAAUCUUUCAGUUUUCGACCAUGCUGUUCACACAAUGCGCUGUUGUAAACCGUAUAACAGAAAUGAUCCUGAUUUUCCUUGAAAAUCCUUCAUUUAAAUUCAAUAUUCAAUCUCCAACUCAUUAUAUAAUGCUCCAGCCCGACCAAAAGGUCAUUGAAAUGUUUCCUGUUUUAUUCCAGACCCUGAAUUCCUAUACAAAGAGUCCGGGAUCCGCUCAUUCGUAUUUUUCAUUUAUUUAUUCAUAUUUAAUGAAAAGUUCAGUCACGAAACUCGACACAUCGUUCGCAUUAGAGAUACUCUCAAGCAUAGAACGCUUCCAUGAGUAUCCUAGCGAUGAAGAUUGCUUUUCUAUUUAUAGAAGAUUUAUAAGAAAACUUGUUGUCACGAAAACCAACAUUUCGGAGUUUAUUCUUAUUUGUCUUACUGAUCUCCAACCAAUGAAUGCUCUUGGAGCCCUUUCUUUCGUGAAUUACGCUUAUCAAUUUAGAAUUCCUGAUUUUAUCAGUUACAUUAAGACAAACAGAAGCUUCAUUGUUAAUCUAAUUAAAUCAGGAAUGCAAUCAGAGCUUCCUGCAAUGUUUUAUACUUGUUAUGAAUUAAUGUCUUUAUUAGUUGAAGAUCCUGUUGUAAUUGUCAAUUUAAUUGAAGACAUUUUUAACUUUGAUCCAAGAAAUUCAAGAAAGAAGCUUAGAUUGUUAUGUUUGCUCGCAUUUACCAGCGGAAUUUAUAAAAUUGACCAGAUUUACAAAGGAUUUCUCAAAAUUUUGGAAAGUUUGAAGAAAGGAUUCUCAACAAACCUUGCAUACGUGUUUGUUCUCAGGUUUUUGGUUUAUUUAAAGCCAGAAAACGCAAAAAUUCAACUUUUAGAAAUUUGUAACUGUUUCCACAAAAGUACAAUUGAAAAUAAAUACUAUAUAAGGAAGACUGUUGAGGAUAUCUUGAAAAAUAUUACAUUAUCUCACGAUGAUUUGCUUUCUAUACCAAAUUUCACGAAAGUAAUCACUUUUGAGAUUGAAAACCAUGGUCAGUAUGACUACGAGUGCAGAUGGGAUGUUCCUUAUGGUCCUGUUGUUUGGUUGAGACCAAUUUUAUGCAGUGCUUAUAUUGAAUUGUAA